AUGCCUACUGACGUAGUCGGAAGUGCCCUCCGAGCGUAUUGGGCGAUAUACAGAGACCGCGAUGAGCUUGAACAGCAAAUAUUCAUCCAGGAGCGUGUCCUCUGCGAUCUCAGAAGCCGCCUCAACAAGCUCACGCCCAUCGCACGUCUACCUCCCGACAUCCUUGCCGAGGUCUUCCUCGUGCGCGUCGCGCAGUGCGCUGCGACGGCCCCGGAUGCGGCAGACGCGGACUUGUCAUGGCUGCGUCUCCUGCUAGUGUGCACGCACUGGCGGCACAUCGCGAUCAGCACGCCUGCGCUCUGGACGCGCGUCGUCGUCGGCGCGCGUGCACAAUGGCUCCAACUUCAGCUGUUGCGCGCGCACGAGAUGCCGCUCACGGUGCUCGCGGUGUUCACGCAGGGCGCGCGUCCCGAAGAAGAGGACGCGAAGGUGCUGAACCUCGAAUGUAUCAUCCAAAACGAGCUCGCACGCGUGCGCAUACUGCACCUGAGGGCGCCCGUGCAGAUCGUCCGGCAGGCCUUCAUGGCGAUCGCGAUCGCGCACUCGGCGGCGCACCUUACAGAAUUCAAGAUCGAGUAUGUGCCGCAAGAAGCUUCAAUUGGGGAUGACCGUCCAAUCUUGCCUUUUCUGUUGCCGGACAACAUGCCCACGCUCCAGAAGCUUGUGUUAGUUGAGAUUCCUUUCAUGUGGAUGUCCUUGCCAUCCUUCGUCAAUCUCAGACAUCUUGAGAUUCGUAAGGAUGUACGCGAUGGACACCUUGUCAUGGCUGAUUUUCUCAAUGCUGUGGAGAGCCUUAACCUUCUCGAAUUUUUGUCGCUGCGCUUCAACAUAUCAUGUUAUGCACAGGGAACGGUCCUGGCGAUGUGGCAAGUCCCGCACACUCGUGUCAUCAUUUUGCCCUACCUCCGGAAUUUGAUGCUUCAAGCUAGCUGCGCUGAUUGCAGUGUUUUGCUCAACCACAUGGUUUUCUCCAGGAGCCCAAACAUUAGCUGUGUAUGCCUUACGGACAGGGGGAGCGAGGAUUUCGCCGCUGCUAUCGCAGCCAAGCUUAUCUACGAGCUUGUCCCACUCAACACGAUUUCAUUGCAAUCUGGUCUCAUUACGAGACUUCUCGUCUUCCAGGGGGAUGCUCCUCUUCCGCAGCUGCCCAGUAAUCCUAUACGAGCCCUCUCCGGAUCCGCUCAGCUUGACUUGUCGCUGUGCAUGGAAGGGAUGCCAAACUCGCACAUGCUGUGGAUGGCUCUCAUAUGCAGAGCACUACCGCUGGCGUACCUACGCCGGCUCGAAAUCUCGUCUCCGCAGGGCUGUUUCGGUGAAGUUGAAUGGUGGCUCAAGGUGUUUGGCACCAUGGACGAGGUAACGACGCUAAGAAUCUGCGGACCAUCCUGCGGAGUGCUCCCACAGAUGCUGCGCGUCCCCGUCCACGGUAGAGACGACCAACCUUUUAUGCUCCCUCGCCUGGAAAGGCUCGAAGUAGACCUGCCGCCCGUGCCUCGAGAACUCGUAAAUGCCACUAUUGGCAGGUAUGCGAGCGACCUGCGCGCAUCGUUGACAGAUCGUCGUGCUCUGGGUAUGGGCCUCGGCCAAUUAGCGGUUCUUCAAAGGGCGUCGUCGCAAGUGGAGAGCGACCAGCAUGUGUUCAUGCAGCUCCUCCAACCGGUCGUACCGACAAUCUUCGAGACGGAUAACUCAGGAGCGUUGAUCUCUGUCUCAACUUAG